CCACAGUCCCAGCCCUAAACCCUGCCCGGCUGGGGCCGGGCCGGAGCGGAGCGGAGCUGAGAUGGAGCAUGCCUGCCCCAGCCCCGAGUCCCGCCGCCUUCCCCGCCGCAGCGCGGGCCAGCGGCCACCGCCCAACCAUGGAACCGGACAACAGCCCUCGGAAGAUCCAGUUCACGGUCCCGCUGCUGGAGCCGCACCUUGACCCCGAGGCGGCGGAGCAGAUUCGGAGGCGUCGGCCCACCCCUGCUACGCUUGUGCUGACCAGUGACCAGUCAUCCCCAGAGAUAGACGAAGACCGGAUCCCCAACCCCCUUCUCAAGUCCACUUUGGCCAUGUCUCCACGGCAACGAAAGAAGGUGACGAGGACCACACCUACAAUGAAAGAGCUUCAGAUGAUGGUUGAACAUCACCUGGGGCAACAGCAGCAGGGAGAGGAGCCUGAGGGAGCCGCUGGGAGCAAAGAGACCCAGGAGACGUGCCCACCUAAGACCACAGACACAGAAGCGGAGUCAAGACUGGGCGCCUCUGGGAAAGCACAAAAGCUUGCAGAAUCCACCCCAAAAACUCAGGAGAGGGGCAGUGAGAAACCCAGCACAGAAGAACUCUCAACCCAUAUACCACCACUGGGUUCCCAGGGAGCCAACUCGCAGGUCUGAGGAUGAAGGAGAGAUCCUGGGUACACGCCUGCAGCUGGGAGUGUGUGGACACUGGAUUUGUUUCUUAUUUCUUCACUUUGGGGAAAAUCUCAUUUUUAAAAAGUGAUAAAUUUGGUGUUAGAUCCUU